AUCUGUUGCUGACUAAUUUGGGUGAGAAAUCUUUUUUCGCGAGUUCUUAAAAGGCUUAGAACUUCUAAGAGGGACUAUAGCUAAAUGCUUUGAUGGCCUUUUUAUCAUCCUGGUAUCAGUUGUACCAAGGUAGAUAGAAAGGCUUUCAGUGGCUGAGUAAAUUAUUGAUUCUAGGUAUUGUUCUGAGCUCAUCUAUAUGUGCAUAAUCAAAAAACACAAGGCACAACAAUGCAAUUUAUUUUUCUCGAAAUACAUUGAUCAAUUGAGUGGGGAAAGGGAGAUUUCGUACAUGCUUUUAAUGCGAAUGGUAACGCAUUGAAAAUUGUAAACGUCGGGAUGAACACAGAUAAAAAAGAGAGUUCAGACACACACACAGGGAAAAAAUCUGGAAAUGCGAAACGAAAAGGGUCUGUAUUAGAGCUGGAACGACUCAAAAAGCGUGAAAAAGAACUCCACGUUAUGAAAUUAUCCCAAGAAUGGGAUGCGAGGAGGCAAAAACGGAGAAUGGACAGAAUGAAAUGGCUACAACAACGGCGAGAUCAAAAUCUGCCUAUCUGGCAAAGAGUUGGAAAUUUACGAGUUCAAGCAACCGAUGAGACCAGACGAGCUGAGAGAAAUAGUGCGACCUCUUCAAAGGCAACCAAAGCUGUACUAACUGAAUCAAACCAAGGUCGUCCACACUCGCCAAGCCUGGCCGGGCGUGAUAUAGUUCAACGAAGCAUAACAGACAGCUCGACUGUGAACGAACAGCGCGAACCUGACGAGCUAACUCUACGCUCAUCGUCUCCUGCUAUAGGGCUAGAAAUUGUGCAGGACGUAGAAGAAAAAUCUGCAUUGUGUGUCAAAAGAGAACGCGCGGAAUCACAGGAAUUUUGCAAGUCUAAUUUCAACACAACGUCAGGUUCUUCCAGUGCCGAACCCGAGGAUAAAGAAGGCUUUGAGAGCAAAGCCUGGCAGAAGCAUGAAGAGGAUUUGUCUUGUCGACGAUCGGAGUCUUCUUCCUCUGCGUAUCAGCAACUCGUAACCAUGGUGAACUCUCACCCGAGCAAAACAUACGCCAAUAAAACUACGUACGAGCCCGACGAGCGAACUCGACAGCAUUACGACACAAAAGAACGCUUCCAGACACAUUCUGAGCCAGACGAAAUAUCUCGAGAAAUUGAAGAACGGCGGCAACAAAUGAACGAGCGUACCCUUUACAGUUACGAGUACAACGCACGCUUCCGACAACAACCAGAAGCCGAGGAGGAAACCCAACCGAUGGACGAACGCGCUCGACAGUUUUCCUUGAUGGAUGCUCGAGGCCGGCAGCAUACCGAGAUGAGCGAACAGACCGCACGUGUAGUCGAUGUGGAUACGAGAACGAAAGGUUAUGGGGCUCGGCCGCAUGUCGAUAGGACCGAGCAGACCACACGAGUAACCGAUGUGAUUACGAGUCACACAUCAGUCAUCGUGCAGGCCAUGCGGCAGAGCGGUAUCCCUUCAGGGGGACUUGAUUCCGAGCCGACGUUGCUGCUUGCUUCGGAGCCAAUUAGAUUCGAGGAAGUGAUUCGCGAGGGCGGUACCAUUAUUCAGCGGUUAGAGACAAGCACCGCCGGUAUCAUUAGCAAGUCUAGAACUCCAGAGACACAAGAGCGAGAGGUUCUGAGUCCGCACAGUCCGGCGUUUUCCGCUGAGUCCAGUCGUCCAGAAUCAAUGGGCACCAGCCCCCAACCCGAUAAUCAAACAAGACAUUCGGCUACCCGCGAUGACGCCAGCACAGAGAGUCCAGCUCAACACAGCACCAUCACCAUGGCAACAGUAAACAAAACAAUGCAGCCAAUGAUGUACUCAUCAUCGAGUGCUUCCCCACACCCCACCCCCUCGGGAUUCCUUGUCCCCGUCCUGAAGCCUGGGUCCGGAGAGGUUGUGUACGCAUUUGUCCCUGGAACGAGUUCCCCCGGAUCUGUAGACCCACGAGCUCAGAUCCAUCCUAGUGUCCCUGGUAACCUCUUAUACCACUCGCUACCGAGGUUCGGUAGUCCGGGGGGUGCUGGCCCAGGUGGGUUUGCAUGUCCGGGGGGUCCCGCCUACCCGCGCGUGAUUCACCCAAGUGCAACCAUACAUCACGGUCGACACGUCCCAGUCCCACGCGCGGAGCUCGCGAAACGAACUGCAGAAGCCACAAGAUAUGUGUAUCAUGAAACGAGAUAUCCCGUGCCUGACCCGCAAGACACGAUGUCACCCGAACAACCAAAUUAUUACUCACGGGAUACGCGCGACGUGACGUCACGUGAUCAAGCUACGGGAUAUCCCUCGCCCGUCCCUCAAGACACGAGGUCACCUGGUCAAGUAAUGGGAUACCAUUCCCGGGAAUCCCGUAAAUCGGAGUCACCGAACUUGAAAUAUACGGAAAGGGCAACUCGCUCUACGGAGUCACCCGCGUGUAACACGCACUACUAUACCGAGGAGAAGGCGCGUGAAAUGCGAUCACCGGAGCAUGAAACAAGCGUGUCGCAUCGUGAUACGGGAUCGCCUCCGCGUGACACACGGUGUGGUUCACGAACAGUCUCACCUGCGGAAACACCGCGGUACACGAACUUCACCGAGUGUCAAGGCUCGACCACGUACGAACCACACGCUACCAUGACAACAGACACACCACACGUGCACACGGAAGGCUCUCCGACUACUGCUCAUGCAAGGUCACGUGAACCUCAAUCUGUGAAUGGCUUUUCACCCACCGGUCCGGUUAACGGACAGCCGACCAACUCUACGAGCUCGAGUCCAUUCAGCGUGACUUCCGCAGACACUAUUAUCAACCCUACGGCGGCAUACGUGCGUCCCGGGAUGGUCCCGCGGGAAAUUAUCCCGCCACUACGGGACGGUUCGGGCGGACCCAUGGUCGAGUACAUCAAGACGGACUCCAUAUGCGGGAGACCGCUGAUCAGCUGGAACGCGCGGAAUGUGGCGGAUUUUGUAGCCGCGACGGACUGUGCGGACAGUGCGGUGAUCUUCCUAGAGCAGGAUAUUGACGGCAAAGCUCUGCUUCUUCUUUCGCAAGACAUAUUCGUGAAUAAACUUAACCUGAAACUGGGAACUGCCAUAAAAUUAUACAACCACAUAUCCAACUUACGUUCAGCGAUGCUCAUGCGAUGAAUUAUCUUAUUAUGCUAAUACAUCCGCUCUGCUUAUGAAAAUGCGGUCGUGCCGGGUGGUAAAACAACGUUAUGGACUUUAUUGGACGAUAAAUUACAUUUGGUUUAGAGUAUAUGAAAGAUAUUGAACCAUAUAUACGUAUUACAUGACAAAAAUAAAGAAUAUAUAUUUUUGCGAGGGAAA